UGACAACAUUUUUGGGUUCAGGGUUUCUGGAGUCGGCCAGUUGGUGCUCGUCGACGUUCUGGCUCGAGUCUUCGGCUAAUCGUGCGAAUUUCUGCUGGUUGGCAACCAUGCUGCAUGAUACAAUUGGACGUUCAUUUUGCAGCUCCGACCUCUGCACGGCGAUCGAGCCCCCAACCCCUCCAGGAUUUUGAGUGCAUCGCAUACUGCGUACACAUCUCUGCGCUUGUCCCGUUGGAAGAUUUGACCUCGUAAAUGGCACGUGUGAUCGUUGGCCGAGCGUGUUUGCUGCAGUGUGGCUUUCAGCUGCGAAUUCGUUCUGUUAGUCUGAAAGCGUCCGAUUUUGAGGAUAUACUAUCUGGGGGUUCAGCGAGUGUUGCUGUCACGGCGGCCGCGUUUCAAGGUUCGGCAUUGUUUGCAUUGUCGCAAAGUGCGCGUGGUCAUGUCCUUGCAGACUUAGCUCGGUUACUCGAUUGUGACAUUCAUGGGAUCUCGAACAUCGCGGACCCAAAGCCUGGUCAUUGUAGUAAUGGUACACGCCGUGGAAUACACCGGGCUGGCUAUGACUGGUUGCGACGCGAAUCGCGUAUAGAGUGUAAAAGCGCAAUGAUGAUGUGGAAGCAUUCAACCAAGACUUGGGGUUUCCAGUUCAGUAAUGUAAAGAUUGCUUGCGCAGGUGUACGCAAAGAUGCCGCGUUCGAUGAAUUGAUUCUGGUAUUGUACACCCCAAGGAUGUUGUACUUCUACCGGCACGACGGCCAAUUUCAGAUGUCCGCUCAAGGAAAGCGCACCGAGACCCAGGGCCACCAGAUCUUCCUCCUCAGCCAGCGCGGCGUGGAGGACUGGUCUGAUGCAUUGGACAUUGUGUUGAGUAAGCUCGAUGCUUCGACUAAUGGCUGUUGUCGAUUGCUGGCAAUGCCCAUCGCAGACCCUCGCGUAUCAACUGUAUUGAACCGUCGGGAUUGUGUGACACGGCAUGUUUAUAGCGGCGUUCCUCUGGCAGACCUCAGCUCAACUCAACGGGGGAAAACAAUUGAAGCUCUUGCUCGGCGCGUUGACGAAAUUUUGCACCCAGGUGCUCAGAUCAACCCUCCGCACGUAGAUCUCAGCACCAGUGAUGUAUACCGCCGGGCUUCCCAUCAAGCAGAAUAUGAUUGGCAUCGCGACAAUAUCCGUGUUGAGUGCAAAAGUGCUCAACUACUCUGGGAUGCAUAUUACCCGCGGUGGAGGUUCUCAUUCGCUGGUGUAAAAAUGGGAAUGCCACCAAUUUUUGAUGAGUUACAGUUGGGAUUAUACACGCCCCGAGGAAUUUACGUGUACCGCCACAACUUGGCAUUUGGUCUGUGCUCGAAUGGUGUCGCGACGGGCCCGAUAGGACACAGUAUCCAAAUAUACGGUCCACGCUGGGAAACAUGUUGGUUUCGAGCGUUGACUGUCAUAUUCGAUAAAUUGGGCAGGUCUGGCUGUGUGCGUGUGGCUUUUGUGCAGUGGUGACCUGAUGGCUAACGCACAACAGUCCCGGGCGUGAGAUGGAAGAGCCGCCGUGGCAUUUUGCAGUGGAUGUGUCCAGCUGGCGCUUCUUGGCCGCGCAAUCUUGAUCGUUCUUUUUUGCGCCCUCUGCUGCUCUGGCCCAUCCCCUUGCGAGCGUGCGGGCGCUCCUGCGAGCGCGCAGGAGGAGGGGCCUGAGAGGA